UGUUUAGACAAAUAAUAUUGGGCAAUUAAAAUAAUGAAUCUAAAAACUGCCAAAUUAUUAACGCAAAUUUUUUUUUGUCAUAGCUAAUUAUUUUUUCUUGGUAUUAGUUUGUAAUUUAUUAGUAAUUGCGUAGUACUAGGACGUUUUCAACAAUAUGUCUUCAAAGGCGGAAAAAGACAAACAAAAACAGAUAUUAGACAGAUGUCAGACGUUGUUGAAUCAAAUGCUAAAAGAUGAUGACAAUAAAUAUUGUGUCGACUGUGACUCAAAAGGUCCUAGAUGGGCUUCUUGGAAUUUAGGCAUAUUUCUCUGUAUAAGAUGUGCUGGUAUUCAUCGUAAUCUUGGUGUGCACAUUAGCAAAGUGAAGUCAGUAAAUUUGGAUUCUUGGACUCCUGAACAAGUAGUAAAUUUGCAACAGAUGGGAAAUAGUCGAGCUAGAGCUGUUUAUGAAGCAAACCUACCAGAUAACUUUAGACGUCCGCAGACUGAUUCUGCAUUAGAGGCAUUUAUUCGUUCCAAAUAUGAACAUAAAAAGUACAUUGCUAAAGAAUGGGUACAACCUCCAUUACCUAAAGUUAAUUGGGAUAAAGAUUUAGAAGAAGAAGCUGAAAAACAAAAGAAAAAGAAACGUGAGGCAAAACCUGGAUCAAUAAUGCGUAAUGUUCCUUCUAUUGUGCCUAAUCCUUUACCUAAACCUAUUUCUUUAAGCCCAAAAUUAUCAUCAAACAAGAAACCAAUUUCUAUUGAUUCAAAUCAUUCCACUGAUCUUCUUGGUUUAGACACUCCUACAAAAGAUUCAAAUCCAACUUUAAUAGAUACAUCUUUCACAUCUUCGGGUUCAGAUUCUAAUGAUCCAUUUAGUAGUUUUCUAAGUGCAUCUGUUUUAUCUACAACAACAGUUUCUCCUCAAGUUCAACCCACUAUUGAUCCAAUGAUUGGUCGUUCUACUGAAGAGGAAAAUUUUUUCAAUCAACCAACAACUGCUACAAAAAAUAAACUUACAACGGAUUCUAUUUUGGCUCUGUAUGGAAAAACAUCAUCCCCAAAUAACAUGACUAUUACUAGUCAAUUCAAAAGUCAAAAUAACAGUUUUGCUCCUCAACCGCAACAACCAUUUUUUAAUGCUAUCAAUAAUAAUGGAUUUUCAACUAUGCAACCUAUUAAUAACAUUGGGAAUUCUGUUAAUUUGCUUUCAAAUAGUUCUAUUGAUUUUAACAACUUUCAAUCAACAGCAAACUCUAAUUUUGCAUCAAAUCCAUUUUACAGCAUGGCUGCAAAGAAUGCUCCAUCUCAAAUUUUGAAUCGGGAGACCCCUGUAGUGCAAAAUAACCAGUUUUCAGCAUUUGAUUCUCCUAACGAUUUAGUUCAAUUGCCUCAUCAGAUGACUAUGCUAAAUUUAGGGCGUCCAACUACAGCUCCAGCUAGUGCCAAUGGUUUUACAGACCUAUCCAAACCAUCACAAAAUGGCCAAACGUUAUCCCCUAAUUUGUGGCAAUAACUAGAGAUAUUUGAUUGUUUAUGAUCAUACAUUAGUCAAACCGUUCUAAUUUAUUGUAAGUGAAAUUGAAACAUCAUAUAAUUGGAAAAAAAUUAUGUACAUAUUACACAUAUUUAAUUGAUAUGCUUUACUAUACUAUAUAUACUUAUGGAACCGUCCAAUAAAUGGAGCUCUGUAUGUAAAUUAACAUAUUGAAAUACAACUUAAAAUGCUCUAGUUCCCUA